UCAGCUCGUGUGGGGACAGGUCUAUGAAAUUUCUUAUAGUCUUUCCCAGCUGUCACCAAGCAGCUGAACUGUUAUUUUAGUGAUAGCUGUUGUGUGAAUUCAGUGGUUAGCCUGUCUACAUCAAAGUUGGUGAAUUCCCCGCUCUUUGUCAAGCUGGUGUAAGCUAUGAUCUUUCUUUUCUUUUUUUCCUUUUUUUUGAGGAAGGUGUAAGCUAUGAUCUGGCUUAUUGAAAUGGUUUUAGUCGUGCCUAAACUGUCUUGCCUGCCGAGAUACGUAGGCAAGAAGAGCUUCACCAGUUGUGCAACCGAAUGCAUCCUUUUUAACUGGGUCCAAGAUUAUAGAGAAGAGCCUCAUUUUUGUGCCCUGCUUCAGAGUGCGAAAUUUUAAUCCAUCUUGAUAGUGUCUUUUUUAGAUACGGGGAAAAAAAAAACGGUCUUUGUGAAGUGGUGAAGAAUUGCAUGUUGAAAUAACAGAAGAAAGAUUUACAUUCAUGAGUGUUUCAGCCCGUAAUUAUUGUCAGGUUUAACACAGAUUUUUAAACCAUGCGUUGGUGAAUCCUGGUGAUUUUAACUGUUAGAUCAAUAUUCUGAGAUUGGAUUGGAUAUACCCAAGAGAAAUUUUAUGCCUCUCCUUUUGGCUACCACUCUAAUCAUCAGACAGCUUUUAGUUAAAUAAUUAAUAUUAAAAUCAUGUCUAAAUAUACAUAAAAUAAUAAUAUGACAACAAUAAUACCAACAAAAGAUCCCUGUCCUCAAUAAGGCAUGGAUCUAAACAAAAUCUCCACUCAUCGUCGCCACGCUCAGUGAAAUGACGACAGCAAGAAAUCAAGCACGCAGCACAGAGUGUCACCCAUAUGUUUAGACUAAAAUUAAAACUAGAAAUUGGUGGCUUUGGGUGGGGCAAAGUUUGGGUGCAUAAACUGAAGCUAAGAAAUUGGAGGGCCGGCCUUGGAUCUCUCUCGGGACAGCUAAAAAUCCCAUGGACGCAGGAGACCCCGUCAAAUCUCUCAACCCCAUUCUCUCUUAUUCGGUCGCCUUUCUCACCAACCUAUUCUUGGGCCCCCACGCCGACUCCACCAUCCCUCCCCAAAGCCAUGUAUUCAAAACUAAUCUGCCUUCUCCUCAUCCCCACCACCCAUAACACCAAUAGCCUCGCCACCCCUGACCCCUCCUCGACGCGCUAGCCCCACCGCCACCGCGCCAUGGCCGGACGGGCCUCGCCAUGGCCUCUACGGCUCCUCAUGGUCCUCCUCACCCUGGCGGCAUCCCUCCGCCUCUCCCAUUCCAAGGACGUCGACGUCCUCCUCAAGUUCAAGGAGAGGCUGGCCCCCAAUGGCGGCGACGCCGUGCUGCGUAACUGGGUCGCCGGCUCGACACCAUGCGAGGGGAAUGUCUCGCUGUGGACCGGCGUCAUCUGCGACUCCGGGGAUGUCUAUGGGCUGCAGCUCGAGCACAUGAAGCUGGCGGGCAAGCUGUCGAUCGACGUCCUCGUGGACCUGCCGGUCCUCCGCACCCUGAGCUUCAUGGGCAACGAAUUCGAGGGGCCGAUGCCGGACAUCGCGAAGCUGCCUGCGCUGAAGGCGAUAUACCUGUCCAACAAUAGGCUCUCCGGUGGGAUAGCCGACGGCCUGUUUAAGAAGUUCCGGUCGAUGAAGAAGGUGCACCUGUCGCACAACCAGUUCACCGGAAGGAUCCCGACGUCGCUCGUCGGGCUGACGAGGCUGCUGGAGCUGAGGCUGGACGAUAAUAACUUCGAGGGGCCGAUACCGGAUCUGCGGCAGCCGGGGCUGUACCUGAUGAACAUCUCCCAUAACAAUCUGGAGGGACCAAUUCCAGCUGGGCUCAGCAAGAUGCAAGCUAGCAUGUUUGAAGGCAACAAAAAUCUUUGCGGUCCACCACUUGAUAUCUCAUGCGGAUCAUCACAAGCAGAACCAUCAUCAUCAUCGGAGAAGCUCUCCCCUGCUCUUCUAGUUAUCAUCAUAAUGAUAGCCAUCGGGGUACUACUCGCAAUCAUUGGCGUGAUCUUUUUCAUGCUCCGCCGUCCUCGCAAACAGAUGGAACCAGGUCUUAUUUCACACAGCAUAACCAGGAAGAUCGGUCCUUCAGAUGCAGAGAAGCUGGAACAGGGCUCGGUGGAGUCCAGCGGAGGAGCGAAGAAGGUCGCAAAGGAAGAGCAUGGGAAGCUGAUGUUUGUUAAGGAGGGGGCUCAGAGGUUUGAGCUACAGGAUCUGCUCAAGGCUUCAGCUGAGGUGCUGGGCAGUGGGAACUUUGGGUCCUCGUACAAGGCCGUCCUUUUCGAUGGUCCGGCGGUGGUCGUCAAGAGGUUCAACAAGAUGAAUGGGGUAGGGAGGGAAGACUUCCAGGAGCACAUGAGAAGGCUGGGGAGAUUGUCUCACCCCAAUCUGCUGCCUCUGGUGGCCUACUACUAUAGGAAGGAGGAGAAGCUGCUGGUCACUGACUACAUCCCUAAUGGGAGCUUGGCUCACAUGCUCCACGGUAGAGGCGGCUCGAACCUUCCACCGCUCGAUUGGCCUACACGCCUAAGAAUCGUCAAGGGUGUAGCAAGAGGCCUCGCUUUCCUCUACGAGGAGCUCCCCAUGCUGACUCUACCUCAUGGCCAUCUCAAGUCCUCAAAUGUGCUUCUCAACGACUCCUACGAGCCCCUCCUGACGGACUACGCCCUCGUCCCGGUGAUGAACCAGACGCAUGCCUCGCAGAUCAUGGUGGCCUACAAGUCCCCGGAGUGUGCAGAAGGCGGCAGACCAUCGAGAAAGAGCGAUGUAUGGAGCUUUGGUAUAUUAAUUCUGGAGAUCCUGACGGGGAAGUUUCCAGCCAAUUAUCUCCGGCAGGGGCGAGCGGGCACGGACUUGGCGAGCUGGGUGAACUCCGUCGUGAGAGAAGAGUGGACCGGCGAAGUCUUCGACAAUGAGAUGAGUGGGGCCGAGAAUGGCGAGGGAGAGAUGUUCAAGUUGUUGCAGAUUGGAUUGGGUUGCUGCGAGAUGGAUGCUAAGAAGAGGUGGGAUCUGAGCAUGGUGCUCGAGAAGAUCGAGGAGUUGAGAGAAAAGGAGAAUCGUGAGGAGGGCUCUUCAUUUGCUAGCGAGGGCCAAGCGAAUACCUCGAAAGCUAUGACCGAGGAUGAGCUCUUUUUCUCUACAAAUAACUGAUGAGUAUCUCAGUGACGAAAGCUUUGAGACGAUGUGUGUUCGAGCAUUUACAUUUCAAUUUGAAACACUUUUAAGGUGGAUUAGUGAUGGCAUAGCUUGCUUUCUUCUCUAUAAAUGUUUGAAGUGCGGUAAAGUAGUAGAUUCGUAAUA